AGGAAACUUUCAAACCACGAAUUAUGAGUCGAUUGGAUAGGUCUGGCUGUGUCUGCGAUGCACUUGGCAUCGGUCGAUUCAUGGAGAUGGCCGGACCAAAGAGACGGAUCUUCAGACCUCAGGAUCAUGGGAUGGCUACGGACCUAGGGAAUAUAUAAAGACACGAGUUGCCAGCGUAAAUACAAACAUCUUCAACGUCUUUUCAGCAGCUUCGACAGCCUUCAAUUGAUUGACGAACUUCCCGUUCUUUGAAUAACUCCACCACCACCGAAGCUACAAUCAUGAGCGACACAGCAACCAACCCGGGCGCAAACACCGACACCCACCUUCAUUCCCAGGAACAGCAGCAUGAAUCCCACUCCACGCUCGUACCAUCGAAAAGGUACUUGUGCACUUCAUGCCAGGUUUCCUUUCACGAUGGGCAGGAGCAACGUGUACACAUGAAAGAAGCAUGGCACGUCUACAACAUCAAACGACGAAUAGCAUCGCUUCCACCAAUCCCCCGGGACAUCUUCGAAACCCAGAUCGAGAAGAAGGCCGAAACGAACCGUGAACCCAGUCCCACGCCCAGCAGCAGCGAUUCCAGCAGCGAUGAAGAAGCCUCACAGAUCGAAUUCUCGCGCCUCACAUCCCCUUACCUCUGUCUUUUCUGCUCUGAAUCCUUUCCUACUUCCUCUGAGGGCUUCUCCUCUAACCUCUCACACAUGCGCACCGUGCACGGCCUAUCCAUCCCCAACGCAGGAGCCGUAUCAGACCUCCAGAGCCUAGUGGAGUAUCUAGCCACCGAAGUGAGGAUAUGGCACGAAUGUCUCUACUGCGGAGCUGUCAAGGGCUCCGCCGCGAGUGUCCAGAGCCAUAUGCGGGAUAAAAAUCACUGUCUUUUGAAUCUGGAGAGGGAGCCGGAGUUGAGAGAUUUCUGGGAAAGGAGUCCGGGCUUGUCGGAAGGGGAAGAGGGAAGCGAUGACGGCAAGGAAGAGAAGGGUUUGAAGGAAUUGGAUCUAGAUUCUACGGAUGGCGAGAUUCGACUGCGUGAUGGGAGAGUCAUUGCCUCGAGACAGGCCGCUCCGGAGAUCAAGAAAGCGGUGCGGAAACAACGGGCGCUUGCGGCCUCGGCGAUGCAGGCAUUACCUCCUGGAUCCGAAGAGCAACAAGGCUCAUCCUCGACAUCUUCACCAAGCACGCAACUAACUCACCUCCGCACAUCACGCGAUCUCGCCCAGCGUCUGGACGUCCCGCCGUCACCGCCCCCAAUCACACUUCCCUCGCGCCAACAGCUCUCCCGCCGCGACGAGAUGAGUAUAACGGGUCUUUCUCCACAGCAACAGCGCGCGCUCGUGCUGGCGGAGAAGAAGGCGCAGAGGAGCGAGGCGAUGGCCAGGAGAGCGAGGGACUGGGCAUACGCGCAGGGCAAGAAUAGUCAAAAGUUUGAUCAGUUGGAUAAUGGCAAGGGGAAGUGGGGGAAGCAGAAUCAUAAGUUGAUGCCGAGGUAGAAGGGGUGUUGGUGGCUGUUUUGGGAAAGGCUAGAGGGGGAGAGGGAGAGGGAUGGAUGGUUAGGGAUUUCGGGGAGAAGUUGGCUUUUAGAUAAGGGCUCUGCUCUUGGGGAUACGCGCUUCCUGAGAUCUGCGGAGAGGUUUGGUCUACCGGAAUGUUCAUAUACAGAAUUCGCUUCUCCAAAUGUAUGAAGCGUAUCCGGUUAUGCCAAAAUGAUCGCAUGCGGCCCGAGUUGACCUAUAUGGACCUAUAUCAGACCUUGCACGUGAG